AUGAGGGAAGAAGCAGUUCUGCAGCUUAAUUUUUGUGAACUUCCUAUUAACUAUUGUUCUGGUUUUGUUUUUAUCAAGGAUUUCUUUAUUCAAGAUAUUAAUGCAGGAUUCAAGGAUGAAACAGAUAUACCUGAACAAUUAGUUCCAAUUUCUUCUCUAUCUGAAGAGCAGUUGGAAAACUUAAUUAAGAAGUUGAGAAAAGCAAGUGAAGGUUUGAAUUCUACACUUGAAGAUCACAUUUUGUCCCAUCCAGCAUUACAUGAUGCCCUUAAUGACCCUAAAAAUGGUGAUUGUGCAACCAAGCACCUGAAACAGCAGAUGCUGAAAAAGUUCACUUCAUCCUAGUAGAAAAAGUGACCACAAGAUUCAAGGUAAGUUAAACCAUUGUAGUAUAUUAGUGCUCGAACAUUGUGUUUUCCUUCUAUAGGAAAAGAAAAAAACGAUAGAAACAUGGCUUUUAAAAUGAAUCUUCUCUUUUAUACAUUUGAUUGUAGGUUUUUGUUUUGUUUUUUGUUUUUUGUUAAUGAUGUUUGACUCUAAUUGUACUGAUGACUUAAACUGAAGGUAAUAUGUAGACCAGGCUGGCCUGGAACUCACAGAGAUUGCCUGCCUCUGCCUCCCAAGUGCUGGGAUUAAAGGCGUGCACCACUACACCUGGCAUGAUCCAUGCUCUUAAAGUGAUUUGCAGAGACAAGAAAAUCUAUGAACAGAGCCAGAGCCAGGUUUCCAUUACAUUCGUACAUUCACCACUGUGGAGAAACUGCUUCUUCAAUAAAUACCUAUUAAGCAUAUUCUUGGGCACCAUGAUAGACACAUUGUAUAUGAAGUUAAAGAUAAGGUGCCUAGCCGGGCGUGGUGGCUUGGACCUUUAAUCCCAGCACUCAAGAGGCAGAG